CCGGUUCCGGUUGACUGACUCAUUUGAGCGUUUUGUUUGUUUGUAGCUGCUGGUUUGACGAUGCAGCAGAGAGAGGAGAAGCAGCUGGAGGCGGCGGUGGAGUCUCUCAUUUCUCGGGUGGCUCACGUUAAAAACGCUCUGCACAGUUUCAUCUAUAAGCUGGAAAAUGAAUACGAGCGAUUAACGUGGCCCUCUGUUUUGGACAACUUUGCUCUGCUGUCUGGUCAGCUGAACACUAUUAACAAACUGCUCAAGAAUGAAAAGACGCCGUCUUUUCGUAACCAGGUUAUAAUACCGCUGCUCCUGUCUCCAGACCGAGAUGAAGAUUUAGCGAAACUCACAGAGCAGCGUGUCCCAGUGUUCAGCCAUGAGAUUGUACCAGACUACCUCCGGACGAAGCCCGAUCCAGAGGUGGAGGAGCAGGAGAAACAGCUGAGUGCAGAGGCAGCACGAAUCGGCCCAGAGGUGGCACAGAAACAGAUCCAGACGCUGAAUAAACUUUGUUCCAAUCUGCUGGAGAAGCUCAACAAUCCUCGUGACGACAGAGAUGCAGAAAGUGCAGCAAUACGACAGAACAAACCAUCGUUCAACCCCGCCGACACAAACGCAUUAGUUGGAGCGGUUGCUUUUGGAAAGGGGCUCUCCAAAUGCAGGCCUCCAGGUCCAGUGGCCCCUGGACACCCAGGACAAGGGCCCAUGAUGAGUGGAGGGCCAACCUUACAGCAGGUCACCAUUGGUGGCAGUUCAAGCCAACAGGCAGGUUUGGGAGGACCUGUGGCUCCACAGCAGCAGGGGCAGCCAGGUAGGAGACCUGGAGAGCUGGGAAAAAUGCCAAGCAGCAUCAAGACAAACAUCAAAUCUGCAUCAGGUUCAAUGCACCCGUAUAACAGAUGAGCUCUUUUUUUUUAUUUCUUCACCCAACAUUUGUUACAUUUCAGAGACUCUUACAGUAACGACAACAUCUGUAAUACCUCACAUCUGAGUUCAAACACAGCGUUUUUAUAGAAUGGACCAACUUCCACAAAGUUAAUACUCUGUUCUCUCUGAAGCUGUUUCACUGACGUUUUCGUAAAAUCAUCCGAAAUAUUAAAUGCAAAUAUCAUUUUGAACACUCAUCAUCUGAGCCUCAGUGUUUGAGCCACUAGAUGGCAGUAUGUCAUCAUUCAUUGGAUCAUACCAGAACUGUACUGUUGACUCUUUUUCAAUAAAACUUGUAAAAAUAA